AUGUCCGCGGCCCCGUGGUCGGGCGCCGAAGCGUUGGCACCCCGGCCUCCGGCCGCGGACAUGAUUUCACCAGCCGCCCCCGCCUUCGCUUUCGUCCUUGGGGCCGCGGCGCGCGCCGGCGCCGGGAGCUUCCUGGGCACGGCGCCCGUCGCCGCCGGCAGCACCCACAGAUGGUACAGGCGGGAGCCGACCUCGCCAGCCGCGGUGAGGCAACCAGCGGCUGGGAAGACGGCGGGGCGUGGCAGCAGGCGCCGGCGCUGUCCGGCGGGCUGCUGCUGCAGGCGAGCAGCUCAGGCCGCCCGCGGCGCUACGCUCCAAGCUGUGGUCGAAGGCAUACACAAUACACUUCCGUGCGACUCGUGA